AUGCGGAUCAUUACACUCAUAUUGUACAGCAUUACGCUGCUGGCAUGUAAUGGCGAGGCUAAGGCUGUGUUCGCCCACUUCAUGGUUGGCAACACAGCUUCGUAUAACCAGGCUCUAUGGGAGACGGAAAUGGAACUCGCCAAGGCGUCACGCAUUGAUGCUUUCGCACUCAACAUUGCUCGCGGCGAGAAAAUGAAUGCGGAUCAAAUCAAGAACGCAUUUGCUGCAGCGAGGGUCAAGAGCUUCAAGCUCCUCUUUUCUUUUGACUAUGCGGGCCGUGGACCGUGGCCAGCAGGGGAAGUCCUCGAUCUUCUCCGCCAAUACGCUGGCGACAGUGCACACUUUAUGCACAAUGGCCUUCCUCUGGUAUCUACCUUUGAAGGCCCCGACCAAGCCAACGACUGGAUCAGCAUCAAGGCGCAGGUUCCUUGCUUUUUCGUGCCAGACUGGUCAUCCAAAGGUGCCGAACCUGCUAGCAAGUUGGCCAACGGCGUCGCGGAUGGUCUCUUCAACUGGGCGGCGUGGCCGAACCACCCCAAUUGGUCCAAGGACACGUACAUCGACGCAUCGUAUCGAAGGGCAUUGGGCAACAAGCCGUACAUGAUGCCUGUUUCGCCUUGGUUCUACACCAAUUUGCCCAAGUACGACAAGAACUGGCUAUGGCGUGGUGAGACGCUUUGGUUCGACCGUUGGGCACAGGCGCUACACGUCCAACCCGAAUGGAUUCAAAUCAUCUCUUGGAACGACUACGGCGAAUCCCAUUACAUCGGACCUAUUCGCGGAGAUGCAUCGCUGGUGGCCCUCGAUGACGGGAAAGCCCCAUUCAACUACGUCAAGGGCAUUGAGCACGGCGCUUGGCGGGCAUUCCUGCCAUACGCGAUCAGCCUCUACAAGACUGGUACAGGAACCAUCACACAGGAGGGUGUGAUGAUGUGGUAUCGACAGCAGUCCGUCGCUUCGGGUUGUAAUGACGGAGGCACGACGGCGUACACGGCAACGCACAUGCAGCCUGAGGGUAAAUGGACAGAGGGUCUCAAGGACGGUGUCUUCUUUGCGGCCCAGCUAGGGUCGAAUGCCACGGCCGAGGUGACGAUUGGCGGCCAGACCUUCAAACCAUCCUGGCGAUUCGAACCUCAUAGUGGUGUGGGUAUCUACACUGGCUUCGUACACACCUCCGCUUUGGGUGCUGUUCGUGUCGACAUUCGAAGAAAUGGCGGCCUCGUGGCCAGCGCAAUAGGUGCCAAGCCCAUAGGCGAGUGUCAACAAGGAUACUACAACUUCAAUCCUGUGAUUUAUCUUGGCUGGGGCGCCUCGAUUGCGGCUCGCAGUCCCCCUAUCAACAUCAAAGACGCAGCCUGUAUCGAAGGCACUGGCAUUGGAGAGUUUGAGGAUCUCUGCAAGUAUACUUGCAAGUACAACUAUUGUCCCGUCGAAGCCUGCAUGUGCCUCAAGUAUGGUCCACUCCAGGGGGGCAAUAUCGUGCGCGGUCCACCGGGCUAUCCUGCUGCAAAUCGAGACACCAACUACGAUGGCCUAUGUGCUGUGGCCUGUAGUUACGAGUACUGUCCUCUGAAGUACUGCGGCAAGGUCAAGCUGGACCCCAUUGUUUCAAGCGUCUCGCCUUUUAGACCCAAGUCGUGCACAAGCGGAAGGGCGAAUCCGGCCGCUGUCAGCAGCAAGCAUGCUCUUCGGGCUCUCGAGCAGAUCUGCUCUUUUGGCUGCAAGCACGGAUAUUGCCCCAUUGACGCCUGCGUCUGCGACAAAACCGGAGCACUCGUUCUUCCGAAGCCUGACACUUUUACUGGUGACAAACCUGAUUUUGGCUGGGAAGUUAUUGGAAUCCGCCUCUUGUGUCGCUACACUUGCGGCUGGGGCUACGCAAGCCUGGAAGCGCUCGCCGGCCAAGCCAGCAACAUGGAGCCGGAUUGCGCUUCUUACCACGGACUCAAUGUCCUUGCCAACAUGCUGGAAGGCUGGGAGACCGAGUACGAAGGUGUCAAGUCAGGGUAUGACGAUGCCUGGCCCACGUACGAGCAGUACAUUCGCGACGCUGUUGAACCUGCCAUCUCCAAGAUUAUGACUGAGAAGGACGGCGUGGCGACCAAGUUCUUCAAGUGCUGGCGAUUCGACGACGGCGUCAACGAAAACCAGAAGCAUCGAGCUCGUGAGAUAUCCUGCACCGGCGACGACCGCUUCUGGGGCCCGCAGCUGUUCCGCUCCUUCUGGUUCGACCUGAUCGAUGUCGCCGGCUUCAACGCCACCCUCGAAGAGGCAGGUGUCGACCCUGAGUGGGUGACGUUUGACACGGUUUCGACGACCCCGCCGUGUCUCAGCCCUGGUGACCAGUUUUGCAAUCGCGGUUUUAGGGCCGAGUACGGUUACCCGGUUCCCAGGGAGAACCUGGUCGUUCCAAACCCCAAAGACCUUGUCGGAAAGGCUUUCGAGGGCGUCAACUCACUGCACGAAGCUCUUUCUUCCAGCUCGCUGGAUGUCGGCGCAGAUAUCUGGCACGGUUCGCCCACAGAGCUUUUCGAUGUCCUGGCCGUCCCCGUCUUGAUGGUUGGCGAUGCCAUCGAGAGCAUGAAAGAGAUCAAGGAUAUUGCGAAAAAGGUCAACGACGCCAAGAAGAAGGAUCUCAUCAUGCUCAUCAUUGAGUCCAUCCUCAUGGUCCUGCCCUUGGUAGGCGUCAUUGUAGGCCAAGUAGGCCGCGCCGGCCUCAUGGCGGCUCGUCUCGUCCAUGCCAUCGAAGCAGGCGGCAGUACUGCUUUGACACUGAAGGAUGUCAUCGAGAACCCUGACUCGGCGCCAGUCGCCAUCGCUAUGAUGGUCCUUGAUGUGGCUGGCGCUGGGCGUUCUCCAGACAAUGUCAACCAAAUGUCUCAGAUGAAGAGUCUGAUGGACGCGCCUACAGUGAACAACAUGGGCAAGCAGUUCAAGUUGUACAAUCCUCAUGUUAACAACAUUGUUUCUGGGGCUUGUAAGAAGAGUUAA